GAAUUUUUAAUAUUUAGUAUUGUUCCGAUUGAUUGGCGUGAGCUAACGUAGCCGUUGGUGUAUCUGGUAUACGUGACUAUAGCAACACGUUGUUUGUUUUUGUUUUAAUUGUUUAACAUAGAAAACGCAUUUUUAACAAACAAAGUAAUAAAAUUUUUAUUAAUAAAAAAAAUAUAUCUAAGAGUUGUGCAAUAGAUAUAUUUAAAUACAACAAAAGUGCUUAAAAGUCUUGAUCUUUAAGUUCAUAAAAAAUGGCUGAAAGUGAACAAAAGUUUUUGCCUGGCUUAGCAAUUAUAGUUAAUCAAAGCAAAGAUCGAGCAGGGAGUAGUCCGGAUGUCUAUAAAUUGAUUAAAACCUUCGAACCUUUUAAUAUCGAUGUACUAAAUUGGUCGGAUUGGAGCGAAAAACAAAUAAGACAAGAAAUGAAAAAGUUACAAUUAAAUUGGAAGGAAAAAUAUAAUCAGUUUGAGUAUGUUUGUAUAGUUCAUCUAUCGCAUGGCUUCGAAGAUGAAACAGUCGCUUACGACAAAGAAGAGGAUGAAAAAGACAAUGAAGACGUACCAAAAUUAAUUUCCAUACAAAAACUGCUACUCAAUCCUCUUUUUAAAAUCAAGGAAUUAAAUGGAAAAUUAAAAUGGAUAAUAGUACAAGCUUGCAGAGGUAGCGGCGAAUAUGAUGAUGCAAAAACGGAAGGGGACAUCGAUCAAAAAUAUUUCACAAAAUACUUUCUUAAAUGUUUUGCAACAUCAGAAGGUGCUGAAUCUUAUCGAGUUUCAUUAAUUGGAGCAAUAUUCAUUGAUAAGUUCUGCGAACAGUUUACUGCCAACGCUGGUACAAAAGGUAUUUUAGAUAUCAUGGCUGAUACUAAAGUUGCCGUACAGAAUUAUUUUAAGAGAAUGGAAUAUUCAUCAAAAUUAUCUGUUGAUAAUACUGAUAGCACUGAUUUCGUUAUUCAACAAGUACCCGCCAUAAAUAAAAAUUUUGCGGGCGAUUUUUAUCUUGAUCGAGGUUUCGAUGAAUCAUCAUAAUCAUCAUGCAAUUAUACAUAUGUAGGAAAUGUAAGAUAUUUUUUAAUUUUUUUGCCUUAAAAGGGUACAAUUGUUUGUGAUCAAUUAUUUAAGAAAAAUAAACAUUAAAAUUCAA